AUGCCAAAAAGUCAAGAAUUCGAACUGGAAGACUUCCUUAUCGGUGAUGAAGCUACAAAUUCAAUCCCAACUAGUCAAGAUCAAGAUCAGCAAGGAGAUGAUCAUCAAACCACAGUUAAAACAGUCAACUAUCAAGGUCAACAAAUAAAGAUUCUUCCGAAGGACUGGAGACAUUCCAAUUUAUUGAAAUUCCAAAUUCUGAUUUGUUUUUGUUGUAUGGUUAUAGUUGGUAUAAAUGAUCAAACAGUAGGGACUUUGAUCCCAACACUAACUCAUCAUUAUAAUACUGAACAAACUACAAUAUCAACUGUUUUUGCAUUACAAUUCCUAGGGUAUGCUACAAGUGCUUUGAGUAAUGAACAUUUACAUGUUAAAUUUGGUAGAAGAGGUGUUAUGAUUUUAAGUAAUGCAUUUUUAUUGAUCACAUAUUUAGUAAAUUCAUUUAAACCACCAAUUUUCAUUUAUAUUGGAAUUUAUUAUUUUGCUGGACUUGGUGUUGGAUUAUUAGACUCUUGUAUGACUGUUUGGCUAAGUUCACUUGUUGAUCAUAAUGAAAUUAUGGGUUUAUUACAUGGGUUUUAUGGUAUUGGUUCAGUUUUUGCACCACCUUAUAUAAGUCAUUUAUUGAAAUGGUUUAAUAGUGAUUUUAAAUAUCAUUAUAUUACAUUAUCUGUUGUAUCUUCAUUAGGUGUGAUUGCCUGUUCAAUAUUGUUUAAAAAUGAAUCAAAAUUGAAAUAUGAAUAUGAUCAUAAAAUUGCUGGAAAUCAUGAUGAUGAUGUUGAACAAGAUCAUGGUUCAAAUUUGAAAAAAGUAUUAAAAAUGCCAACUGUUUUAAUAUUUUCAGCUUAUUUAUUUCUUUAUAUUGGUGCAGAAGUUUCAAUUGGUUCAUGGUUAUUAAGUUAUCUUAUGAAAAUUAAAAAUUUGGAUCAAAUUCAAUCAUCAUAUAUUGUAUCAUGGUUUUGGAUUGGAUUAACAAUUGGUAGAAUUUUAUUAGGAUUUGUUACAAAAUAUUUUAAAAAUGAAUAUAGAGCAAAUUUAUACUAUGCAUCAUUAUCAUUAAUUUGUUAUUUAAUUUAUUCAUUAUUUACAUUAUCAAUUUCAUCAGAAUAUAAACAUUUUACCAUAUGGACAAAUAUAUUGGUUAUCAUAUGUGGUAUUUUCAUUGGUCCUUUGUUUCCAACAGGCUCUAUUACAUUAAUGAAGAUUUUACCAUCAAAUUUACAUGUUAGUUCAGUGGGGAUAAUGACAAGUCUUGGUGGAUCAGGUGCUGCAAUUUUACCAUUCUUUGUGGGUAUAUUAACUCAUGCAACAUCAUUAGAAAUUUUACCAAUUUUAAUUAGUUUAAUGAUUAUUGGUUAUGUUAUGAUUUGGUGGUUUAUACCAAAAGUUUGUCAUAUGCAUAAUUAUGAUUUUUAA